AAAACCCCCCUGAAAUGUAGGUUCGUUCCUUUGGUCAUGCUGCAUUUCUGGCUGAAUUGAUACAACACAUCCAUUCCUUCAGAAAUGAGUCAAUACAACGGCCACGUAUGCGCCACGGCGAAUAUUCAGCCCCCACCAUAUGUUGAUCCAAAUAACGCGCUACAGCAUGUUUUAGAAGAUGAUGAAAUUUUAGCUGCGGGGGAUCCGGAUCCACAACUGAUAGAAGAAGAAGUGUUUUCUGUCGAUUUCGUGGAUGCUGCUGCUGCCGCUGCUGCUGCCCCUGCCCCAAAGACCUCUACCGAUGAUUCUAUAAAUACAGAUAAGCAAUCCAAUAACCAUGGCACAUCCAAUCCGUCAACUUCAAAAAAUCAAGGAAAAGGCUUGAAACGUAGCAGACCAGAAACUCAGAAACCAUCUAAACCGCGUAAGAGGCAGAAAGACACCGACGUCAGAGAUACCCAUGGCCAGCCCCCCCUCAAAAAAUUUACCUCCUUGGAUGAUUGUUAUGCGGAACUUAUGAGAUUGGCUGGUGAAGUGAUCCAUAAUCAUAAACAGAUUAUAGCUUGUAAGGAGAGAAACGAGCAAAUCAAAAAAUGUGAUGUUCCAAAUGUUUAUUCGGAAAUUAAAGCAAGAAAAAAAUAUAUGAUGCUUAGAAAGUCAGCUUACUAUCAGAUGCGUGGGAGAAUGCACAGUAGGGGGAGAAGAAAGCAAAAGAAGCCCAGUCUUGGAUAUCUGUACUGGAAAAGAAGCCGUGUCUGACCUCAUUAAGGGGCACCCUCUUUUAUGUUUUUGCUUACUUUUGGACCUGGCAAGAGUUUGUCUUGCCUUUUUUUUUUAUCAAUUUAUGUCUUCUUUUCCAGUACAGAUCUCCAGGUCAGAUUGUAUUAGAGCCAUUUCCAAAUCAAAUUACUAUUUCCAGGUAAGAGUGGUUCACCAAAUCAAUUGCUGAAUGGUAAGUCAACGUUGCUGUAAAUAUUAUUGAUUCAACAAAUCUACGAUAGUUGUGAUUAGUAACUGUGUUUAGGUCAUGAUUAAAGAGUUAGUUUCCUGAAUGUAAUUUUGAUUAUGUGUUAAACGUUCUGCGUUUUAAUUUCAUUAGUUAGUUCUAUUAUUAUGUAAUUUUUUAAUCUCUACUGUGUAUUUUUCUGCAACAUCUAUAUUCACUGUCCCAUUAACCUUUCGUAAAAAAAAAUAUUAUAUAGACCUUGGGUUGUUGUAGGUUUUUCCGGACUAUAUGGCCAUGUUCUGGAGGCAAUUUUUCUCCUGACGUUUCGCCUGCAUCUGUGGCAAGCAUCCUCAGAGGUAAUGAGGUCUGUUGGAACUAGGAAAAAUGGGUUUAUAUAUCUAUAAAACCCAUAUAAACCCAUUUUUCCU